AUGUCUUCCUCUCGUAGCGGCAACCACUCAUUCUCCAGGGAUAAUUCCCCCUCUUCCUUCAAAAAGAGCUCGAACAAACCCACUUCGUCCGAUGAUGACAACUACUCCAACAACUCCUACAACCGCUCCUUCAACACAUCUUCCAAUAACUCCAGAACCCCUUUCCAUGUCGUCUACUCCUUCAUCCAGCGCCUUUUGCAGCUUCUCCAAAACUCCGACAAUAAAUCCCCCUACUCUAUCUCCUCUUCCCAAAGCUCUUCCACCCAACUCCCCCUACCACAUCUCCAACGACUCAAGAACCACUUCCACAUCAUCCACCCCCUGCACCUCCUCAUCUACCUCAGCCCAACUCGCCAACUUCGAAUCUCAAGCCCGCCGCAUCCAUGCUUCCGAGAUCAAGUCUAUAAUGCCGCAUACACGCGUGCCUGUGCUUCCGGUGGCGGUAAGCCCGCUAGACUCUACCUUAUAGAUUGGGCUAGAAAUGCGGAUAGACAGGAUAGAGUGUUGGAGGGUAUCAAGGAGGUGAAGGGGAAGAGGGAGAAGAAGGUUUGA